CCAACGAAGAAGAACGAAGAAGAACUGCCUCCUCCGCCGUAGUAGAAGAAGAAGUAGAGCGGUCAAGCUCCAUUUUUCGUCGUUUUGUCGAAGCCAUCGAUGACCCGCUGAUUAACAGGCCUUUAAAACAUCUUAUUCAGCUUUAAGACAAAGCACGAUAACUUACUGAGUACAGACAUGUGGGGUGGACCAGGGCCAGGACCACGGGGAGGACCAGCCUUUCGUGGUGAUCAUCAUGGGGAAAUGUUUGGAGGAAGGAAGCGACCCAUGCCUGAUCAUAGAGGUAGAGAUGGCAUGAACAUGGGUUAUAUGGGUCCAAGACCUCUAGAUCUACCACCUAUGGACAUCAGGAGAAUGGAUAUGCCACCAAUGAGAGGGCGUGAUAUGGAUCCGCGUGAUAUGCGAGGUAGAGAUUUCUUCAGACCUGGACCAGAAGGCGACUUUGGUCUUAGAAGACCGUAUGAGGGUAACAUCAGAGACAAAAUGAUUAAUUCUCCUGGUUUUCCGGGACCAGGCAGGAACUUGGAUAUGGGUGGGAGGGGCAUGCCACCAUUUGAUAUGAGAGAGAGGGAAUCGGGUCAUUAUGACAUGCCACAAUUCAACAGUCCCAAUAUGGACGGAAGAAGAGGGUUCCCUAUGGACAGAAUGGAGCGAAAUGAUGGAUUUAGGGACAUGCGUGAAAGGCCUCCCAUGAACCCUGGUGCCACUAAUCAUUUCGAUAUGGACUUGCCUGUGCGGGAAAAGAGGAUGAUGGACACUGACAGAAGAGGAGGGCCGCCCUUUAAUCAAAGAGGUGGAUUUAAUUCUGAUAUGGAUUUCAGAAAUCGCUCUGGACUGUCAGGGGAAUUUAGGGGUAGAGAUCGUUCUCCCCUAAGGUUUGGAAACAGCGAUGUUCCUCCUGUGGAUCGAGCAAGGUCAGACAUGGCUCCAGAGGUUGCAGGUCCACAAAGAUCAAAGUUUAUAGGUGCGAAAGAAACCCUCAAAGAGAGUCCAUUUCCAGAGUCAAGUAACAGUCCGCUUAUGGAUUAUCGGAGUGGUGAAGAGAUGACUCUAGUAGAAGAAUGGAAAAACCGUCAAAAGGACCAGAAUACUUUCUUAAAUGUUGGCAAAGGUAUGGGAAGUGUACCUGAACCUAGCUUCCCUGUAGGUUUUACCAGGGAUACGAAUGUUAGAGAUCUACCACCAUUUCAGGAUAGGGAUAGGCCCUCUAAUGAAUUUUCAGGGAAGGAUGUUGGAUUUAGCCAUGGUGACAGCUUUCCUGGUAUUAAUCGACCAGCUAUUGGCAUUAAAGGUCCACAAGGCCAUCCACUCCCUGAACAGAGUCCACUAAAUGGUCCUCUUGGUAGAGGAAAUGAGAGUAAACAUUGGCUUGGAGAAAGGGAUUUGAAGCAUAGUCAGAACAAAUCGCAUAGUGAUGAAAGGCCUCCUUACCAUCAAGAUAAGAAUCAGUCGUCGCAUAAGGCUUCUGACCCGAAUGAUUGUCUUAAAGAAGCGAAAGACAUCUCACAUGGUCAAGAAACUGCUGGGGCAAAGAUGGAAGUGGAACAGAAUUUCCAAAGCAGUGCCACUAUACAGGCGAGAGAUCAAGACUACAGGGACAUUGAUUACAGAACAGGCUCUGGAAGGGUUUUUGAUUACAAACACGAUCUUCAACCACCAAAGGAACUCAUCAUGGAGUCCAAACCCAUCUCUCCUACAAAAUUUACUCAAUCUGGUUGUCAGGAUCAAGACUACCGAAGUGCAUCUGUGGAGGGCAACAAAGUUUCCAACACAUUAUCCGUAACUGGGAUUCCAAAAAAUGCUACAAUGGAACAGAUUCUUGGUGCCUUUGCAGUCCGCGAUGAUGUGCCAGUGCAGGGGGUGAAAAUAAAAAGGGUUGUUCCAGGUUACAGCUACGAUACGGCCUAUGUGGAGUUUUUAAACCUCGAGGAUGCAGUCCACUUCAUGGAGUCCAACAAGGCAUCCAUAAAGGUUGGCACUAAAACUGCUACUAUGAGAUUCAUCCAGCCAAAUGAGUUUGAAAGAGGUCUUUGUGAAUUGGAUCACAAAGUACCUGAACACCAGGAACCUCAGUUGCCUCGACCAGAUGAACCUUUAGAACUGUUAAAGAUGGACCUGAAUGGGUCCAAACCAAAAAGCCCUGGGUGCCCCUUGCCACACGGCCAGUGGCAGCGCAGCUCUGACCUGACCCCUGAGGCUUGGCAGCAGCAGGUUGACCAGCAGCUCCAACAGCAGGAAACCGAGCAGCAGGCGGAGUCUGGGACAAACCGCAACCUGCCUCUUCACACAGCGAUUAAACCUGACAUCAUUUUUAAAGACAGUAAAACCAUGAUAAUAAAAAAUGUGAAGCCCACUACUACAGUAGAGGCUAUACUGAAGGCCUUGGAUCCUUUUGCAUAUCUGGAUGAGAGAAAUGUCCGCCUAGUCAAGGCCAAGCCCCCUGGACUUAAGUGCUUCUGCUUUGUUGACAUGGACUCCCAUGAGCAAGUGACACGUCUGGUUGAGCUCCUCAAUAAACCCAAACCCCUUUAUAUUGAUGGAUCUAGAGUUUAUGCUGAAAUUGCAAAGCCCUUGAAGAACCAAAAUUUCAGAAGAGAGUUUGAUAAACAAAACACUUCAAUCCUUGGGUUUGCACCUGAUGCUUUCUCUGGGCAGUACCCACAGCCUCCACAGUACUUGGAUCCGAUGCAUCCCCCUAUUUGUCCACCCCCUGUCAUGCAAGGGGAUUUGAUGGCCGGCAGUAGCCCCUCUAUGUCAUUAGACCCCAGCUUUGGCCAGGGACUUGGCUACUGUGAGGCUCCACCUGUGGAUCCUUCGUUCUUCGCUGGUGGACCUCAUGUACCCUCAGAGUCAUCUGAGAUGACCACCUCAGCAGACGGCUCACAGGGCUUCAUCUAUGGCGCUGAUACUCCAGACAUGACGAACUACCUGUACGAUGCCACGUCUGGCUUCUUCUACGAUCCCGAAACCACACUGUACUAUGACCCUGGCUCUAGGUAUUUCUACAACUCUCAGACCCAGGAAUACAUGUACUGGGAUGCUGUAUCAAAGAACUACAUCCCAGUUCCUGGAGGGAACCCCUCUGAAACUCACUCUGUGACAAUGACUGCUGAAGACCAGGCUAUUCUGUCCAACCCAGCAGCAGAUGCUCCUCUGGAAAUGAAAAAGCCGUCACUAGCAGACCACACGGCUGAAGCUCCCCCACCAUUUCACACAUCUGCCAACGCUGGACUGGAGUCUGUCUCGGGUUCCUCCGAGAAGAAGGAAGAUGAUGAUCCCCUUAAGAGGGACAAAGAGAAGGAUAACAAAGACGAUAAGCCAAAAAGCCUUGCGGCUGUCAAGAUUAUGAAAGACAUGGAACGCUGGGCAAAAAUUCAGAAUCGUCAAAAGGAUAGUGUCCGUGCCCCAUCACCCCUGCUGAGGACUGGAGUUGAUGAUGAUAAGAGGCAGUCUAAGUCAGCGGAUGCUGGGUUUGCUAUUUUUGAGAGGAAGAUCUCAGGUGGAGAAGAUCUUUUUAAAAAACCCAUUGCUCCUCCUAAGAAAGAUGAAAAGUCAAAGCGUCCAAUGGGCUCUCUGGGUCUGCUGGCAUCAGAUUAUGCAGCUGGAAGUGACGAAGAGGUGGAGGAGGAUAAGGAGGAGACGGCUAAAAGCAGCCAGAGCAGCCAGCCUGAAGAAAAGGACGACAAGCUGACCGACUGGAAGAAGAUGGCCUGUCUGCUGUGUAGGAGGCAGUUCCCCAACAAGGAUGCUCUGAUCCGCCAUCAGCAGCUCUCUGACCUACACAAACAAAAUAUGGAGAUCCAUCUUAAGAUCAAGAGGUCAAAGAAAGAGCUGGAGGCUCUAGAGAACCAAGAAAAGGAACUUAGUGCCAAAGCAACAUCCAGGUCACCUGAACAGAAAAGGAGAAAGCACCAUCAACAGCCGCAGAACCUCAACACUUGGGCUGGAAGCUCCAGGGAAACGAGCAAAGUCAGCGACAGGCCGGGUUUAGGGGCUGAGCCUGUCCCGCAGAGGAAAAAGAAGGAGCCUGUUGUUUGGGACCACACCACCUACAAGCAAGCGGUGCGAAAGGCCAUGUUUGCACGGUUCAAGGAACUGGAGUGAUCUCACUGAACAUUUAAUGUGAUGCCGUAAUAACACACUUGUCCACGUUGACGUGAUUAAAGCCCUGUGUCUGUCUCUCCUCUGGGCAUUAAUGCACUGUACAGCCACGGUUUGUUUUUUUUGUUUUUUUAACACUAAGAUAAUGUGUCACUCGCAGCGUGGCUACACUGGAGUCAAAGACAAGACUUGAUUGACAUCCCCAACAGUGGAUGUUGUACAGAAUGUGUUGUACAUUUUUGCCCAUGUUUUUUGUUUGUCUUGAUGGAAUUGAUUUUUCUCUGAUGUCGUACAGACAAGUCGUUUUUUUUUAAAAAUGAAUGUUUUUUACUUUGCAUUUUCAUGGGUUUAAAUAGUUAUUGUAAAUGAAUAUUUUUUCUAAAUAAAAAGAUCAUGAGAAUA